ACAAAUUAAAGUUGUUCUCAUUGUUUGGGAUUCUUCUAGGAAGUUGAAGAGAUCAAUAUUAAGAGACAAGGUACGGUCCGGAUCACAGGAUCACAUUUAAAAAAACAGUUUGCUGUCUUAAGCAUUCUACUUUUAAAUAAGAAGCAUGCAAAUUUUGUAAUGAAGACCCCAAAAUCAUAUUCACCGUCACCACCCAUAUGAUUGAUGGAACUCGGACUCGCUGCAUGUUCUUUAAUUUCACCAUUUUAAGAACUAAGUAUUCAAACAUCAGAAAAUCCAGAGCCAUAAAGUAACGAAGAAGGGGGAAGAGUCUUAAUUUGAUGCAAGUAAAAAUUUCCUGUCAGGCAUGUCUAGCUCUCCCAAGUGAAAAAAUAAAGAAGGGGAGACUGUAAACAACAUGGACAACAAUUUACUGUCAACAUCAAAUGGUGAUACUGAUAGUGAAACUGAAAGCAGUGGUGAAGAGAAGACAGGAACUGAUGUUGAUCAAGAAGAAAAGACUGAGAGUGAUGACUCACUAUCGGACACUAACAAAAGUGAAAAUGAGGGUCAGCAUUCUCUGCACAAAGAUGACAAAUCUGCGUUGCCGAUUACGACCUGUCAAGAAAGCUAUAAAUGUCUUAUUUGUGGAUCAUGUUCAGACACAAGCAAGACUGGAUACACUCAGUUGUCCUCUUAUCCACAGAUUGGAAUUGAAAUCCAGGAGGUUUUACAAUUAUUUGCCCCUCCAGAUGAAUCAGAUGUUUGUUGCAGCAGAUGUAUGGGUUUAGUAAAAAACUUUUCAUAUCUGAAAAAGAAAUUUUUCUGCUCAAAAAAUGAAAUAAUUUCUUUGUACAAAGAUGCACAGUCUCGUGUUAAAGGCACUCAGCAUUGUGGCUCUGUUGAAUCUAAAAACCAUGAAGAUAAUGGUUCUGAUGGAGAGAUUCAAGUAACGGACCAUAAGAAAAGUGAUGGUAAAAUCAUAGUCAAACAGGGGCAUAUUGAAAAAACCAAUACCGAUAUUAGUCGUAAGGUUGAGACCCACACUAGGGGUACAGCCGUGAAGAAACCGUUCAAAUGUCAGUACUGUGAAAAAACAUUUGUCAGAAAGAAUAAAUGUAUUGAACAUGAAAGAAUUCACACUGGAGAGAGACCAUAUAAAUGCCAGGUGUGUAGUAGUGCUUUUACAAGAAAAUGCAUAUUGGAAAGCCAUGAACGGAAUCAUAUUGGCAAGCCAUUUAAAUGUAAAUUUUGCAACAGAACUUUCUCAGAUGAAGAGAACUGGUUUGAACACGAAAUAAAUCAUACUUUGCCAAGACCACACAGGUGUCAACAUUGCGAAAAAACAUUUGACAGGAAAAGGGAAAAAGUAAUUCAUGAGAGAAUACACACCGGGGAAAGACCUUUCAAAUGUCAGAACUGUGAAAAAUCAUUUAUCAGCAAGAGCGCAUGUGUCAAACAUGAAAAGAAACACAAGAGUAAAAGACAGCCAGUUUUAAAAGGGGAUGAAAAAGUUGGCAAGGAAGUAACUAUGAAGGAGGAUGAAAUUAUUAAUCCAGAAUUAAAGCAACACAAAUGUCAACACUGUGACAAAACAUUUUCUAGAAGGAAUGAAAAGAUUAUGCAUGAAAGAACUCACACUGGGGAAAAGCCAUUUCAGUGUAAGGUUUGUGAUAAAAGUUAUUUCAGAAAAAGUGCUUGUAAAAAACACGAAAAGUUGCACAGUGAAAAUACAUUUACGUGUUCUAAGUGCAGUGCAUUUUUUUCAACAAAAAGAGCCUGUGAGAAGCAUGAAAAAAACCACUAUGGUGGAAAACCAUUUCAGUGCGGGGGCUGUGAUAAAACAUUUGCAGACAAAACGAGGCUGAAAGAGCAUGAAAGAACACACACUGGAGAAAAACCAUACCUUUGCCAGUACUGCGAGAAAACAUUUGCUCAAAGUUCCACAUGUAAAUUACAUGAAAGGACACAACACACUGGAAUAAGACCAUUUAAAUGCCAAUAUUGCAGUCAAGGGUUUCCAACUAGAUUGUACCGUGAAGAACAUGAACGUUUUCACACUGGAGAAAAACCAUUCAAGUGCAGUUUUUGUGACAAAGCCUUCAUAAGAAAAGGAAACUGUAGAGAACACGAAAGAACUCACACUGGAAUAAAGCGAUAUGUGUGCUCAUACUGUGGCAAAAGAUAUUUUGACAAAACUGAUUGUGUGGUUCACGAGCGGAUUCACACUGGCGAGAGGCCAUUCAAGUGCCAGUAUUGUGGUAAAACGUACACCUGCAGAAAAUACUGCUUGCAGCAUGAGAAGACUCAUACUGUAAAGAAACCAGUAAAAAAUACACAGGCAGACUUCUCAUUGCAAAAUCACAACCCUGAUUUGAUAUUGAAAAAUUACUCUUCAGAGAACUCUAUAAUACCUACUAGUAGUCAGCAGUCAAGUAACACAUUUGUUAUGCCUGAUGCAAUCCAUACUGAUAUCAGUCCAUACAUGUAUAUGCCAGGACUUUAGAUAACAGCUUAAUGCUAAGAAAGUUUCAAGUUAAAAACUUUCAUGAUAAAUUGAACCUUAGACCCCAUUCCCAUAGACAUGCCAUCAGAGAAAAUUCCUGUGAUCCCUCCAAAAAAUGCUGAACCCGCUGACAGCAUUCAAAUUUUUUUCAGGAUUGAAUGAAA